AUGGAAGCGCUCCGCAACGCGCUUCUCAGCGAGCUCGCCGGCAGAGCCGUAUCCUUCCUGGUGUCCACGUGCGGGAGCAGGCUGAUGCCGGUGCCGGCAACCGUCCAGGAGCGGGAGGAGAGCCUGAUGCACCGCCUCCAGCUCCUGCUCCUGAGGAGCGCCACGAUCGUCGAGGAAGCCGAGGGCCGGCGCGUCACCAACCAUGGCGUGCUCCGGCAGCUCAGGGUCCUGAGCGACGCGAUGGUGAGAGGCCACUACGUCCUCGACACCGUCAGGUACGACGCCGGCGGAGGAUACCAGCGGCAACAAGAAGAGGACGGCAGCAAGGAGAAGGAGGUGGUUCCAGCGUUCGCCCUGUCCAGAUUCACCCUAGCCAAGCGUGCCCGAUGUGAGUCGUCGUCGGAGACCACAACCACGGCCAGCCCGGCACGCCGGAGGGACACCUCUCUCCAGCUGCAGCGGAUGGUUCGCAGCCUGGAGGCCAUCCUCGCCGGCGCCAUGGAGCUGGCCGUGUUUCUCACGGCCUGCCCGCCCAUGUCGUGCCGCCAGCCUUACAGCGCCCAUCUGUUCCUGGACAAGUGCAUGUUUGGCCGACACGCGGAGAGAGACCAGGUUCUUGAAUUCUUGCUGCAAGCUGAGCCGCCGGCGCCGGUGACGGUGACUGCUGCAAACCCGGCGCCGGGAGUUCUUCCGAUCGUCGGCCCCGCGCUCAUCGGGAAGAGCACCCUUGUGGAGCAUGUCUGCAACGACGAGAGGGUGCGCGGCCAUUUCUCCCUUAUUCUGUUGCACGCUGCAGCCGGGAGUGCUGGCGUUGGAGAUCUUGGAACCAUGGCCGCCUUAAGGGACAAGUGCGCGACCAAGCAUCAGAGCAACACGGAGGAUGAGAGAUGGUUGCUUGUCAUCGAGCUCUCAGGGGAUGUGGACGACGAGGCAUGGAACAGCCUCUGGUGCUCUCCUGGUCGUGGAAGAAGAUGCAUGCCAUUGCCGUGGGGGAGCAAGGUGACACUCACGAGCCGUUCCGAGAAGAUCGAGAGGUUCGGGACGACACGAGCUGUCAGACUGAGAUGCCUGACAGCCUGA